CAAUAUUGAUAUUUGCAUGGGUGUAUCGAUAUUGGCAGCACAUUUAUGUUUAUUUCGUAACCAAUAUUGAUGUCAUCAUGGAUGUGCAAUAUUGGUAUUACAGUUACAUUUACUUUAUCACCAAUAUUGGUAUUUGCAUGGGUGUAUCAAUAUUGGCAGCACAUUUAUGUUUAUUUCGUAACCAAUAUUGAUGUCAUCAUGGAUGUGCAAUAUUGGUAUUACAGUUACAUUUACUUUAUCACCAAUAUUGGUAUUUGCAUGGGUGUAUCAAUAUUGGCAGCACAUUUAUGUUUAUUUUGUAACCAAUAUUGGUGUCAUCGUGGAUGUACAAUAUUGGUAUUACAGUUACAUUUACUUUAUCACCAAUAUUGGUAUUUGCAUGGGUGUAUCAAUAUUGGCAGCACAUUUAUGUUUAUUUUGUAACCAAUAUUGGUGUCAUCGUGGAUGUGCAAUAUUGGCAUUACAGUUACAUUUACUUUAUCACCAAUAUUGGUAUUUGCAUGGGUGUAUCGAUAUUGGCAGCACAUUUAUGUUUAUUUUGUAACCAAUAUUGGUGUCAUCGUGGAUGUGCAAUAUUGGUAUUACAGUUACAUUUACUUUAUCACCAAUAUUGGUAUUUGCAUGGGUGUAUCGAUAUUGGCAGCACAUUUAUGUUUAUUUCGUAACCAAUAUUGGUGUCAUCGUGGAUGUGCAAUAUUGGUAUUACAGUUACAUUUACUUUAUCACCAAUAUUGGUAUUUGCAUGGGUGUAUCGAUAUUGGCAGCACAUUUAUGUUUAUUUUGUAACCAAUAUUGGUGUCAUCGUGGAUGUGCAAUAUUGGUAUUACAGUUACAUUUACUUUAUCACCAAAAUUGGUAUUUGCAUGGGUGUAUCAAUAUUGGCAGCACAUUUAUGUUUAUUUCGUAACCAAUAUUGGUGUCAUCGUGGAUGUGAAAUAUUGGUAUUACAGUUACAUUUACUUUAUCACCAAUAUUGGUAUUUGCAUGGGUGUAUCGAUAUUGGCAGCACAUUUAUGUUUAUUUUGUAACCAAUAUUGGUGUCAUCGUGGAUGUGCAAUAUUGGUAUUACAGUUACAUUUACUUUAUCACCAAUAUUGGUAUUUGCAUGGGUGUAUCAAUAUUGGCAGCACAUUUAUGUUUAUUUUGUAACCAAUAUUGGUGUCAUCGUGGAUGUGCAAUAUUGGUAUUACAGUUACAUUUACUUUAUCACCAAUAUUGGUAUUUGCAUGGGUGUAUCAAUAUUGGCAGCACAUUUAUGUUUAUUUUGUAACCAAUAUUGGUGUCAUCGUGGAUGUGCAAUAUUGGUAUUACAGUUACAUUUACUUUAUCACCAAUAUUGGUAUUUGCAUGGGUGUAUCAAUAUUGGCAGCACAUUUAUGUUUAUUUUGUAACCAAUAUUGGUGUCAUCGUGGAUGUGAAAUAUUGGUAUUACAGUUACAUUUACUUUAUCACCAAUAUUAGUAUUUGCAUGGGUGUAUCGAUAUUGGCAGCACAUUUAUGUUUAUUUCGUAACCAAUAUUGAUGUCAUCAUGGAUGUGCAAUAUUGGUAUUACAGUUACAUUUACUUUAUCACCAAUAUUGGUAUUUGCAUGGGUGUAUCAAUAUUGGCAGCACAUUUAUGUUUAUUUUGUAACCAAUAUUGGUGUCAUCGUGGAUGUGAAAUAUUGGUAUUACAGUUACAUUUACUUUAUCACCAAUAUUAGUAUUUGCAUGGGUGUAUCGAUAUUGGCAGCACAUUUAUGUUUAUUUCGUAACCAAUAUUGAUGUCAUCAUGGAUGUGCAAUAUUGGUAUUACAGUUACAUUUACUUUAUCACCAAUAUUGGUAUUUGCAUGGGUGUAUCAAUAUUGGCAGCACAUUUAUGUUUAUUUUGUAACCAAUAUUGGUGUCAUCGUGGAUGUGCAAUAUUGGUAUUACAGUUACAUUUACUUUAUCACCAAUAUUGGUAUUUGCAUGGGUGUAUCAAUAUUGGCAGCACAUUUAUGUUUAUUUCGUAACCAAUAUUGGUGUCAGCGUGGGAACAACAAUAUUGGCAAUGUACCUGCAUUUUAUCAGUAAUCAAUAUUAUCAUUGCAUUGGCCAAUAAUGGCCAAGAUAUAACCAAUAUUGCCCAAUAUAACCAAUAUAUAACCAAUGAAUUGCCAAUGUAUUGUGUUACUAGGGAAAGAAUGAGAAUUAGUCAUUGCAAUAAAUAUCGUAAUCGCGAUUACGGAAAAUUAAGAAAUAUAUUUUAACAAGAUCCUACAAAUUACAGUGUUAUGUACAUUGUUAUCUCUUCACAUUUUCUUUCGCAUUCGAUAUCGAUCUAACAUUUCCAUGGAACCCUAGAAAAUGGCUGCGGAGACGUUGGUACCACUCGAUACCACCGGUAUCGAGAUUCGAGAAUUGAAAUCUCUGCAACUUCACUCAGCAGGAUGAAAACGAGCGACUUGGGAUCGCCGCUAAGGGCAUCCUCCAGGAUUCCCAGCGUCACCUCCUCCAGAUUGAAGCUGAGUGCGAUCGGACGCGUUCGCAAAAUUGGCUGCGAACGGAACGUCGCUUCGGCGCUUCUUCAGCAACGGCACGCUCUUCGAAUUAUUCACGACGAUGUCGAUGUGACGCCGAAACCGCUGACCCACCCGGACUUCAGCGUCAUCGACGAGAACCAGAUGACCGCUUUGGAAACUAUUGGCCCGUUCCAAACGGGGAGCGGCUCCCAAUUAAUCGCGUCCGCGUCGAGGAUCAGCGGCCUCAGGUCCAGCUCGUCCAUUCUGCUGAGAGCCUCCCCGGUGCCGUCCGACGAUCUGCUGAUGGAAAGUCUGCUAUCGACCCAGGUGUGCGAGCCUUUGCAAGUCGAGGAGGAAGAAGACGUCGCACCAUCGUCGUUCUUUCUGCCCACUGACGACUCGGCAGUGUUUGCCGCUCGUCCGGAAAGCGUGACGAUUACAUUGAAGGAGACACAGACGUUCUUCAUCUUCGAGAUGCCGCAGAUGACCGAGGAUCUGCGAACGCCCGAGGGAGAAGCGAUCCAACAGGAGAACGAAAAUUACGAGUGUGUGACGGUAGGACCCGGCUCGAAUCGCAAGUUGCUGGAUGCCGAGGCGCAGACGAUACGCAUACUGACGAAAUCGCGUGGCACGUACUUGGGUCUGAGACCCCGUCGGAAUCAAGGAAUGUUGGCGAGCGACUGGGUGAUCCACGAUAUUUACGCGGCGCCCGAACUGAUGACAGAGGAGAAUGGACGUCUGAUCGUGCACUCGAGAGAGUCGAUGCGCCGGAUGCGAGAGGCACGGGAGCUUCGCUACAAGCUUCCCUUGCCGGAGACAUCCGAUCCGAGCAUCGAGGAACAACUGUCUCGCAUCUGCCAGGAGACUCGCUUCCGGCACGCCGCGCGCGUGAUGGAGCGUAUCAUCGCGAAUAACGUGUUCGCGACAGCGCAGAAGCGCUUCGCCGGGCUGAUCAGGCGUGAUCCAUGUGACCUGGACCUGAAGUUCGACUACCGACUGGACCUCUUGUGGACGCACACGUGCGAAAUGGCGCGCGACCGUCCCGUAGCCGCGUUCCGCUGGAGUCCGGCCAACGCGGCCAUCCUCGCCGUCGCUUACGGCGCCCAAACCGGGUCCGACAGAGCGAAGGGGCUACUGCUGAUCUGGUGCGCGAAGAACCCAAGCCAGCCCGCUCGCGAUUAUACCUUCGACAGUCCGUUAUCGGACAUCGAUUGGAGCAGGGAACGGCCGAAUCUCCUGGCAAUCGGUUUUUAUGACGGAAGCAUAAAAGUCAUCAACGUCAGUGCUAAAGAACUGAAUGUCAUCCGGCAGAGUCGUAGGGAGACGUCGCCGGCCUGCUCGCCUCACUGGCAGGUGCAGUGGUGGAGCGGCGACGAGCAGUUCGACUUCCAGGAACAGAUCUAUACCAGUGAUCAAGACGGUCGGGUGUACUGCUACCGUUUCAGCGAGGAUUUCCUCGCGUCGGAGAUCAUGCGCUUGUACAGGGUGGAGGGUAAACCCGGCGGAGUCACCAGAACUGAUCAUUGUAUGGCGCACGACGUGCUCAUCAGCCGCCAACCGGGUGCACUCGUUCUCCGACGGCAUCCUGCCGUCAGUAACGUCUAUUUCGUCGGCUCCGAUGAGGGUUGCAUCUAUCGAUGUUCCACCAACUACCUGGACCAGCACACGGACAGUUUCCUGGCGCAUGACGGUCCGAUAUACUCCAUGGAGUUCUCGCCCUUCUGCCAGAAGCUGUUUUUGACUUGCGGCGCCGAUUGGUGCGUGAGGAUCUGGGUAGACGGCCUCACCGAGCCGCUGAUAAUGCUGUCCACUGAGAUGGCCUGUGUGCGAAGUGUCUGCUGGAGCCCUACGUGUUCCACUAUAAUCGCCAGCAUCGUUAACGAUCAGAUUUGCAUCUGGGACAUCCGCAGGAAGACCCACGUCUCGGCCUCCGUAACGAUCCCGACGAAGGGAGCGAGAUUGGUCGCGGCUGACAUCACGGCGAAUGGGAAUCAGUUGGUAGCUGCUGAUGUCGAGGGUACUGUUUACGUCUACAAUCUGGAAGGCAUGUCGUUCCCACCUUACGAUCAAACUAAGGUGUUGAUCGAGUCCAUUCACAAGGCGCUGGUGACCAAGCCGAAAUUGCUGAAGAAGCUGAAGAAGCUUGGCCCGCCAUUCUAAUCAUUCGACGCGGCGAUGGGGAAGACGUUCCUUCGCAAGCUAGAUGAUGUUCGUCAGGUUCUGCAGGCAAGCUCCGAAUGGUGAGUACUUCGAAAUGUCAGAUUUAUAGGCGUGCUGCGUUAGUCAUGAAUUUAAUAUGAUUUAAUAU